GGAGGCGGAGUCUAGUUUCCCUGGUGACGGGUUGUCUGGCGGUCUCCUGGUAACGGGUCGCGAAGGUCCUGGCUGCGGCAGCUCAGACGGCCUAGGCCGCGGAGGUCUGCGGGCCUGACCGCGGCUAGGCUGUUUCUACCUGUCCUGCCAUGGCUGCCGCCGCGGCUGUGGUCGCGCCGUCGGGUUUGGAGGAUGGGGUGCCUCGGUCCCGUGGCGAAGGGGCCGGAGAGGUGAUCGUGGAGCGGGGGCCUGGCGCGGCCUACCACAUGUUCGUGGUGAUGGAGGACUUGGUGGAGAAGCUGAAGCUGCUCCGCUACGAGGAGGAACUCCUCCGGAAGAACAACCUGAAACCCCCGUCCAGACACUAUUUUGCAUUGCCUACUAACCCUGGUGAACAGUUCUACAUGUUUUGUACUCUUGCUGCUUGGUUGAUUAACAAAGCAGGACGUCCCUUUGAGCAGCCUCAAGAAUAUGAUGACCCUAAUGCAACAAUAUCUAACGUUUUAUCUGAGCUUCGGUCGUUUGGAAGAACUGCAGAUUUUCCUCCUUCAAAAUUAAAGUCAGGUUAUGGAGAGCAUGUAUGCUAUGUUCUUGAUUGUUUAGCUGAAGAAGCAUUGAAAUAUAUUGGUUUCACCUGGAAAAGGCCAGUAUACCCAGUGGAAGAAUUAGAAGAAGAAAUUGUUCCAGAAGAUGAUGCAGAAUUAACAUUAAAUAAAGUAGACGAAGAAUUUGUGGAAGAGGAGACAGAUAAUGAAGAAAACUUUAUUGAUCUCAACGUCUUAAAGGCCCAGACAUAUCACUUGGAUAUGAACGAGUCUGCCAAACAAGAAGAUAUUUUGGAAUCCACAACAGAUGCUGCAGAAUGGAGUCUAGAAGUAGAACGUGUACUACCACAACUGAAAGUCACGAUUAGGACUGACAAUAAGGAUUGGAGAAUCCAUGUUGACCAAAUGCACCAGCACAAAAGUGGAAUUGAAUCUGCUCUAAAGGAGACCAAGGGAUUUUUGGACAAACUCCAUAAUGAAAUCAGUAGGACUCUGGAAAAGAUCGGCAGCCGAGAAAAGUACAUCAACAAUCAGCUUGAGCACUUGGUUCAAGAAUAUCGUGCAGCUCAAGCCCAGCUGAGUGAGGCAAAGGAGCGAUACCAGCAGGGAAACGGAGGAGUAACUGAAAGGACCAGACUGCUGUCGGAGGUUACAGAAGAAUUAGAAAAGGUAAAACAAGAAAUGGAAGAAAAGGGCAGCAGCAUGACUGAUGGUGCUCCUUUGGUGAAGAUUAAACAGAGCUUAACAAAACUGAAGCAAGAAAUUAUUCAGAUGGACAUUAGAACCGGUGUUGUGGAACACACGUUACUCCAGUCAAAACUGAAGGAGAAGUCCAACAUGACCAGGGACAUGCAUGCGACAAUUAUUCCAGAAUCAGCUAUCGGCUCUUAUUAAAACAUACUGUUUUCUUGCUUCUGAUUAGUUGAUUUUUUAUAUCAUAUUCUAUUUCAUGUUGCAGAGAUUUAAAAACACACACUACACUUCUUAAAGCAUGUUCAAUGGUUUUUUGAACAUGCUUUUACAUAUAUACACACAUAAAUUGUAUCAUGGUGAUUAUGAUGGUUAAAGCCUUUACAUUGAAUAUAAUGUUUAAUAAAGUAAUUAAAAAUUCUUACUUUCA